CACUAGAAGCCUAUGGUUUCGGGUUGAUCCGAGUCUUUUGGUUGUGUGUGUCUCUCUCUGUGUGUGUGCGCCCAGUACUACUGUAUUGUACUGUGAGAAGGUAGGAAGAUAGGGGGCACCGCACCAAAAUCUCCCGCUCACCCCCCCCCCCACAAACUCACUUUCUAACUUCAACGUUUUUUGUUUUUUUAAACCGACCACAGGACUUUAACAACUGAUCGCUUUAUUUAUUGAUUACAUUUUCGGUUAGUUUAUGGUUUGUGUUUUUACACACCGGGAGGGCAGAAAUGGCCGCCAACAUGUACCGGGUCGGAGACUAUGUAUUCAUUGAGAAUUCCUCCAGCAACCCUUACCUGAUUCGCCGGCUAGAAGAACUUAACAAGACGGCCAGUGGCAAUGUGGAGGCCAAGGUGGUGUGUUUCUACAGAAGGAGAGAUAUCUCGCACAGCCUCAUACAGUUGGCUGACAAACACGCACAGGACCUAGAGGAGGAGAAAGAGAGUCCGUCUGAGGCGGACCUGACAGACAAACAGGAACACCAGUUACGUCACAGAGAACUGUUCCUCUCGCGCCAAUAUGAGAGUCUACCAGCCACACACAUCAGGGGGAAGUGUAGUGUGGCAUUGUUGAAUGAGACGGAAGCUGUUCUCUCCUACCUGGACAAAGAGGAUAUGUUUUUCUACUCGCUGGUCUACGACCCUACCCAGAAGACACUGUUGGCUGAUAAAGGAGAGAUCAGAGUGGGACCACGCUUUCAGGCCGACGUACCUGACAUACUACAGGAGGGUGACUCAGAUGAACGUGACCAAUCAAAGCUAGAGGAGAAGCUAUGGGAUCCUGACUGUCCUCUCUCCAGCAAACAGAUAGACCAGUUCCUGGUGGUGGCACGGGCGGUGGGGACGUUUGCCAGGGCGCUGGACUGUAGCAGCUCAGUCAGACAGCCCAGUCUACAUGCGAGUGCAGCCGCCGCCUCACGAGACAUCACACUGUUCCAUGCGAUGGACACGCUGCAUCGUCAUGGUUACGACCUGUCCAGUGCGUUGAGUGUGUUGGUGCCGUCCGGUGGGCCGGUGCUGUGUCGGGACGAGAUGGAGGAGUGGAGCGCCUCGGAGGCAGCCAUGUUUGAAGAGGCUCUGGAAAAAUACGGAAAGGACUUCAACGACAUAAGACAAGACUUCCUACCGUGGAAGUCUCUGACCAGUAUAAUAGAGUAUUAUUACAUGUGGAAGACAACAGACCGAUACGUACAGCAGAAGAGACUGAAGGCAGCAGAAGCAGAAAGCAAACUGAAGCAGGUUUACAUCCCCACAUACAAUAAGCCCAACCCUAACCAGAUCUCAGUGACCAAUGGGAAGAUGGCGACGGUGAAUGGGGCUGGGCCUGGAGCCUACCAUGCAGCAGGGGGAGGACGAGCCUGCGAGAGCUGCUACUCGACGCAAUCAGCCCAGUGGUACUCGUGGGGGCCACCCAACAUGCAGUGUCGCCUGUGUGUGUCGUGCUGGAUGUACUGGAAGAAGUACGGUGGCCUUAAGAUGCCAAGCAGAGCGGAGGGGCCCGAGGAGAAGACCCCACCCAGCCCUAUGCCCAACGAGCCUCGGUCGCGUGGCCACGGCCCCCGCCAGUCCAGUCACAUGGUGCCGGUGCGUAACAGCGGCAGCCCCAAGUCCUCCACGAAGACAAAGCAGGCCUUCCUGCUGCAGGCAACCCGCCUCACCAAGCUGGCACGCCACAUGUGCCGCGACAUCAUCAGACUGCGACGCGCUGCGCGGCGCCCCUUUGUGCCCAUUAACUGUGGCGCCAUAAAGGCUGCGUAUAUGUUGCGGCUGUCGGAGGGUCAAGUCGGGCGACCGCCCAGAAUCCGGACCGCCCAGAGGAGCACCCUGACCAGCGUCCUGCAGUUCCUGGAGUCCCGCCCCGCGAUACACGCCCCCCGUUCUCACCGAACCCUUGGCCUGCAAGCCCCUCCCCCUCGCCGCCUCCUCUCUUCUCUCCCUCACGGUCCCCAUGGCCUUCUGGGUAAACGCAGCUUCCACCACCACACCAGAGCCGAGCCAGAGAAACGCCCAGAAAACCCAGGCCAGACAAUGGUACCAGUGCAGAAUGGCCGUAGCAGUGGAGGCGGGGGGACCAGGGGCAGUGCUAGGGGUGGAGUCAUGAUUAGGAAGAGACGCCCAAACUUGAUCGAUGCCCCCGAUGACAGCUUCUUCUUUGUCUCCCGGGAGACCAGGAGGGUCAGGCGGCUGCUGUCUCGGUCCCAGCUGAGGCGCGCCUGUCGACAGCCCUGUGAGCAGAUCACCCUGCGCAGGGCAUCCCAGGCACCACCACAGGGGCCGCUCCUCGCCCCUCCACACCCCCACCCCAGCCUCCGGAUGAGGGGACCCAUUGUCAUCCACGACUGACCCCUGACCUCUGACCCUAUCUCCCUCCCAUGCCUGUACCCUGCCUAUGCUCAGCUCGACAUGCAAGACCCCAAUCCAAGUUUCACCCAGCCCCGCCCUCCCUAAACGCCCCCCUUUAAAAAAAAAAAAACGGUGAAUCUCUGGACUCUUCGGAAUCUGACCCUUCACCUCGGCAGGAAGUGAUGUGCUUCGUUGCCGUGGAGACAGACAUAAAGGGGUUCCCACCUGUACAGAUCCAACUCCCCUGGGACAGAAAACCAGUGAGUGUGUGAACUUGAUUAUGUUUUUUCUUCUUCAGUACCUACUGCAUGUCAGUGACUGGUGGUUGUGAGCUCUCCUCGGUUUGUCAGAGAGAUCUAACCUGAUAUCAACUAACCAGAUCGGCUUAAUUUAAAGGGAUGGUUUGAUCAUAAACUAGAUGGUUAAAGGGAUUGGAUCACUAACUAGAUAACUGCAUCAUUAUGCAUCCUACAGUUCCACGACACUGCUAACUUCUGAGUCAACAACAUAGAAAUACGCUCCUCUGCAUCUGAGCCAUUGUAUAUUACUAUACCGAUUGCAACUCUGUACAAUCUAGACAUUCUGUUUUAUGCUCUACCUAGCACUGCUAUAGGCAGAACACUUCCUCUCUCCUCAACGGAACCUGGGACUGUCAUGACAGAUCUAAUCUGAUUUGGUAUUCUAUUCCCUGUGUAGGGCACAACUUUUGGCCAGAUCCAUCUAGUGCCCAAGGGAAUAAGGGGCUAUUUAGAACGUCCCCUGCAGUAGCAUGCCACUGAGGUCAAGCCUCCUGAUUUGUUUAUGUUGGUGUUCAUGAAUGUCACGUGUUGAAAUAUGCUGAUUAAAAACAACAGUUUCCUCUA